ACCUUAUCAAUUUUAUAAGUUGUAAUGGGUUAUUAUAAAAUAUCGUUGGUUAACUUGAUGCGCCUAAAUUUUUGGAUGGUUGUUAAGUUAUGCGAAGAAGUAUUUCUCAAGCAAGCAAACUCAUCAUAAAGAAAAAAAGUUCGAAAAUAUUUGCAGACAUAGCAUAAUUAUAAUUUAUAAAAAAUGGAAACUGGUAGGAUGAAUUGCUUGGCUGUGGAUGACGGCGAUGCUAGUGAGCUUGCGUUUGAUUGGUACGUACAGAACUAUCAUCGCAAAAAUGAUACUUUAAUAAUACUUCAUAUACACGAGGUUCCUCAAUUACCCUUAAUGGGAAUAUUGUCUGGAAUCUAUCCAGCUAAUAAAGAGCAUCAUAUUCAAAUCGAUAAAAGUGUUAAAGCUGCCCAAGCAGUUGUUGAAAAGUUCAAAAAACUUUGUAAAGAAAAAGAGAUAGAGUUUAAUGAGAUUAUUCUCGAUGAUAACUUUAAAUCUCCGGGAAACAUGAUUUGCGAGUUAGCUAAUAAAAAGUUGGCAGCUGUAAUUGUUUUAGGACAAAGAGGUUUAGGAGCGAUGUCAAGAAUAGUUUUGGGCAGCACUAGUGAUUACGUGAUACAUCAUUCUAAAGUUCCUGUUAUUGUUGUUCCGCCGAACACUGCUUCUAAGUAAGCACUUUAACACUUGCAACGCAAAAGGAGCUAUACGGCUGAUACCGGAGAAUUAAGGGUUCGAACCUUUUCUUUAAAUAAAAUUUUUUGAACUUUUGAACUAUCUUGAAAGUUGUCUAGAAAGAAAUCUUUUAUUGAAAGUAUAUCUAAGUAUAUUCUUUAUCAAUCUUUUAAUAAUUAUAAAUGCAUUACUAAUACAUUAAUUUAAAGUAUUCGCUAAACAGUACUUUUUUAUUUGUAAAUCUUUAUUUUUAUUACUUUUUUUAUAUUAUUAUGUUUGUUUGCUUGUUUGUUAGUGGCGUACACUAUUUUUACAAACAGUUAUCUAAAAUCAGUUAUGUAUAUCUCAAAUACUUUUUUUUUAAUGUAAACUUCUUUUAUAUUAUUUCCUUUUAACAUUUUUGAAAGAACUUUAAAUAAAUAUAAUGGACCAAUAAAC